AUGGUCCUUCUGCAUGGUCCUUCCGCGGUCGCUCGCCAGCGCGUCCACGCGGCGGCACGCGCGCUUCCCCUCUGCAGUUGUGCUCGCGCGGAACAGGCGCGUGGGGUGCUGUGGCGACGGCAGCACUUGCGGCGGGGUGCAAAUCCUGUCUUCAUCGCUAGCUUUUUAUUCGCCCUCUGCUACGACAAAACGACUUGCACCAAACGUCUUCCCCCCCCCCGUCCCCUCGCUUUCCCACAGCACAACAACAAAAAAAAAAAAAAACCACGGUGCCCCACGCCCUUCUCCAGUGUCGAAAGGGAGGCGCGCCUGCUGCAGUAA